AUGAACACAAGUUCAUUCGAAGAUUUAGCUAAUGAUAUUCUUUCUGAAAUUAUUUAUUAUUUAUCUCCAACUGAUGUUCUUCAAUCAUUUUCAUCACUAAAUAAACGUUUUUCCAAUUUAAUAACAAAUGAACAUUUAUGGCACAUUUCUAUUGGCGAUUCCAGAAUGCCAUUGAUGAUAUUUAUUGAACAUAGUCAUAAUAUUUUGAAAUUAAUAGGAAAUCGAGUCAUCUCAUUACGGUUGAACUUAAUGAAUACUAUUGGAGGAUGGUCAAUUAUUUCAUCUUCACUUCAUUAUCAUCAAACAUUAUUACUUCGACGUUUACAUUUGAUCGAUAUUAAACCAAAUGAAUUUGAUAAAUUAUUAUCUAAUCAUUUCGUAAGACAGUUACAUACUUUAUUAGUUGAUGUGACACCUUCGAAUCCAUUUCGCAGUCUCAAAACUGAAGGAUUGCAUCUAGUUAAGGUAUGUUCACGAAUGCCACUUUUACGAAUCUGUCGACUUCCAUUCAAUUAUAACAAUCAAGAUGCGAUUGAAGUAGUAACUUAUCCAUUAAAAUCUUAUAUGAUGUUAUCAAGUUUAGUAAAUCCAAAUCAACUGCGUAACUUGUCUAUUGGUAUACAUUCAUCAUACUUUCUCGAACAGUUACUGUUAUGUAUACCGUUAAUUGAGAAACUUUCAUUUAGUAUAGAAGAUCAAGAUAUCAAUAUGAAUGGUGGAUAUAAUAAAAUUAUAUUACCUACAGCUAUUGAUGCUCAUCAUCUUAAACAUUUAUCUUCCCUGCAUAUGAAUUGUUUGAAUAAUAUUAGUUUUCAUCGAAUAGUUUCACUUUUAUCGUCUCUAUUUAAUCAACUUACUCAUUUAUUAUUGAAAUUAGAAGCAGAUACAUUAGUAUAUGGUUCAAUGAUUAUAUCAGGUGAUACUAUUCAAAAACUAAUUAUUGAUCGUCUUCAACGAAUGGCAACCUAUAGUCUUAAUCUAUUAUUAUAUGUUAAAAAUGAUUUAAAAGAAAAAAGGGUUUUUAAUUUAUUUCAUCGAAUGGAAUUUAUUCAACGAGAAAAACCGAAAGUUGUUAUAAGAGAAUGUUAUGAUCGCAGCAAUCUGGGUAGUGAUACACAUUGUUUUAUAGUAUUUACUCUGCCAUAUAAUGAUACAACUCUUUUAUCACACAUGUUUUCAAAUGAUUUUGAAAAAUCUUGUCAAAUAUCGAUGGCUGCAACAAAUUUGUUUCCGCAUACUGAUACUUUACGUCUAUAUGGUUAUAAGAAGACAAAUCGUAUUCGAGAUCUUGUCAAAUGUGAAUCUUCAGUGUCAUCAUUUAUUCCUUGGUCAUUAAUAUCAAAAAUUGAAAUAAACGAUAGUGAAGUUAUUACUCAACAUACAUUAAAGUCUUUAUUAGAAAAAGCGUAUAAUGUGGAUACAUUAGACAUAGUUGAUCAUAGAGGAAUUAUAAUUCGAACGAUGUUGUAUAACAAAGAGAAUUAUGGAACUCGUAUUAAUCAACAAGUAAGAGAAUUUUUUCAUUAA